CCAAACUGUGGCCAGCUGCUGUUGCACACUUCUCCUGAAGCUCAAAACAAAGAUGAGGAAGGGACUGAAAGUUUACGUUCAGACUCCAGUAAAACUGCAGAUCCGGAGCCAAUGAGACAACACGGUGACCACGAAGAUGCUGCUGUCCCGUCAGACAGCAACUGUAAAUCAAAGCUGGACAGGACCCACACGGGGAAGAAGGUAUUUUCUUUCAGCACUUGCAGGGAAGAUUUCAGUAAAAGUUGUAAUUUAAUGGAUCACAUGAAGAUACACACUGGCGAAAGGCCGUACCUGUGCAACACCUGCGACAAAACCUUUACUACAUUAUCAAAUCUUAAACGGCACAUAUACACGCACACGGGCGAGAAGCCCUACAUCUGCAAAACAUGUGCAAAAAGUUACAGGCAACGUUCCCACCUGGUGGUUCACUCGAGGAUCCACACUGACGAAAGGCCGUACCUGUGCAACACCUGCGGAAAAUCGUUUGGACACGCAUCACUUCUUAAAAAUCACAUAUACACGCACACAGGCGAGAAGCCCUACAUCUGCAAAACAUGUGGAAAAAGUUACAGGCUACGUUCCACCCUGGUAGUUCACUCAAGGACCCACACGGGCGAAAGGCCGUACCUGUGCAACACCUGCGGAAAAACCUUUACUGAAUCAUCAGCUCUUAAACGGCACAUAACCACACACACGGGCGAUAAUCUAUAUUUGUGCAAGACAAAAGAUGCAGAUCACACUGGCUCCGUGUAG